AUGCGAGGCAGAGCGAGUGAAGCGGAGUGCACGAGGCCGAGCGAGGGCGAGGGCGAGGCCGAGCGAGGGCGGCAGAACGAGAGCGAGGCAGAGCGACGAGAGAGGGAGAGCGAGGCCGAGGCAGAGCGAGGCCGAGGCAGAGCGAGGCAGCAUGAGCGAGCGAGGGGAAGGCAGAGCGAGCAAGCGAGGCAGAGCAAGAGCGAGCGAGGGAGGCAGAGUGAGGGCGAGGCAAAGCAAGUGCGAGGCAGAAACGAGCCCGAGAAACAGAGCGAGCGCACGAGGCAGAGCGUGAGUGAGGCAGAGCGAGCGCGAGAGGCAGAGCGAGCGCGGCAGAGCGAGCGCGAGAGGCCGAAGUGCGUGCGCAAAGCAGAGCGAGGGCGAGGCAGAGCAAGGCAGAGCGAGAGCAUGGCAGAGCAAGCGAGCGAGAGCGAGGCAGACCGUGCGCUAGAGAGAGCGCGCGAGACAGAGCGAGGCAGAGUGAGCGAGCGAGUGCGGCAGAGUGAGCGCAGCCGAGCGAGUGAGGCAGAGCGAGAGCCAGGGAGAUUGAACGAGCAAGGCAGAGUGAGCACGCGGCAGAGCGAGCGAGGCAACUAUGAGGAUGCCAUCAUCAUUAUCUCUUGA